UGCUGAAACAUCACGGUUUUCUUCUGAAAUGUAUGUGCAAGAAAUAGCACGGAUACGUUUUAAAGAUUUCGCGCUGGAUUCUUUGACUAGCUUUGUGUAGCUCGAGUGGUAAGGUUGUGUGCACUGUAACUAGUUGGUGUGAGCUCGAACAUUUCUUUUGAAGGUUUUUCGCGCUACAAAUCCGCUGCCUGUUUCUGGGCCGCCGGCCCACAAGGGGGCGCUAGCGGGCGCCAGUUGCCUGAAUCGGAGCUCCCAAAGUACGAGGGAUAUCCAUCCACAACACGACUUGUCCAGCUAAAAUAGGCCUGAAGGGCCCAUGAAGGAGGAUCCACCAAGAAACAGCCGUCACACAUCUAAUAAGGCCUCCCUCACCCGUAGACAAAGUUGCCGUACGCACAACCCUAAAUCGUCGGGAAGGCAUCGCCAUGUCCGCCGCUCCCGGACCCUCUGCUUCGUCGGUCACCUUGUCCCGCCCCGGCCCCGGCCCCUUCCCCAACUGGAUGAUGCUGGAGCCCUUCGUCUUCCGCAGGGACGACAAGGAGUCUUUCCCGGACGACAUUAAGGCUUACCUCAGCGUGUCUGGCACCACCUCCUGGAACGCGCCGUUCCGCAUCGCGUUCGUUCUAAAAGAGCCCCCGCUCCCCUCCCGCCUCUACGCCCACCUGCCAUGUUUCCCAGAUCCCAGGAGGCAUAUCCCCUUGGCCAUCCUGGCGACCCACCGUCAUCUCAUCCUCCUUCGCAUCGCCACUGAUGCCCUGGACGAGGGCUGUUGCAAGAUUUUCUUAUUUACAGCGCCUACUACUCUUCCUCGUUCAAAUCUCUGCCUCCUUGUACCCAGCCAUACACUGACUAUACCAAGAAAGAGACCGGUGACAGCCUACCUCGUGAUCAUCCCCUCCCCAAAGACAAGCAGCGCCUUUUAAUGGUCCAAGUCUAUGGUGUUAGAGUUAUAAUAUAGGCCAUGUACCCUUUUGUAUUUAUUCCAUUGUAUAAGGGGUUUCCUGCAUA